AGCGUGUGUUAACAAGUGUUUUUAAUAAACCAAAAUGACGUCUUAUUGUGAAAAUCUGCUCCAGUUGCAGCUCUUCCUACCUGCCUCCUCAAGGUGUGUCUGUUAUUCAUAACAGGAAACCAGUUACCUUUCCCUCCAGGCGUCGAGUCAACACUUUCGACGGUUUGAAGAAACUGAGGCUGGGACAAAGGCAGCAGACGUCAACCCAACUCAGCUCACAGAGAGGGACAUCACCAUUCAAGGAGGGCUAUAUACACUACACAAGGUGAGGAUGACAUCCACGGCAGAUCGACUGGCCCGUCAGCAGGACAGAGAACAAGGUAUUGGCACAAACAAGAAAGCAGUGAAGUUCUCCCAGCAGGAUUAUGAGACUCUGCGCAAGCAGUGUUUGAGUGGACGCCUGUUUGAGGACAACUGCUUCCCAGCUGAGCCCACAUCCCUGGGCUACAAUGAGCUGGGACCACACUCAUCCAAAACCAAGGGGGUUGUUUGGAAAAGGCCAAAGGAGCUGUGCUCAAACCCAAAGUUCAUUGAUCAUGGAGCUACAAGGAUGGACAUUUGCCAAGGAGCUCUGGGUGACUGCUGGCUUUUGGCUGCAAUAGCCAGUCUGACUCUAGACCAGCAGAUCCUGGCUCGCGUGGUGCCCCAGGAACAGAGUUUUACUGAAGGUUACGCCGGGAUAUUUCACUUCCAGUUCUGGCAGUUUGGUGAGUGGGUGGAAGUGGUGAUCGAUGACCGUUUACCCACAAGAAAUGGAAAGCUGCUGUUUGUUCAGUCAGCGGAGCGCUCAGAGUUUUGGAGCGCGCUGCUGGAGAAGGCCUACGCCAAGUUGUAUGGCAGCUAUGAGGCCCUGAAAGGAGGAAACACUAUUGAGGGUUUUGAAGAUUUCACAGGAGGGAUUGCAGAAAUAUACUACUUAGACAAAGCUCCACCGAAGUUCUUCCAAAUCAUGCAGAAGGCCCUGAGCCUGGGUUCACUGCUUGGUUGCUCUAUUAAAAAAAAGAACAGUGCCGAGACAGAGGCAGUUACAGCUCUCAAACUUGUCAAGGGACAUGCAUACUCUGUCACUGGUGCAGAGGAGGUUAAUUUCCAAGGUAAGCCGGUUCAGCUGGUUCGCAUGAGGAACCCAUGGGGUUAUAAGGAGUGGACUGGACCUUGGAGUGAUGGGUCCAUUGAAUGGAACCAUAUCAGCAAAGAUGAGAAAUCAAAGUUGAACCAUGCGGCUGAUGAUGGAGAAUUCUGGAUGUCCUAUUCAGACUUUAUCAAGCAGUUCUCCAGGCUGGAGAUCUGUAACUUGACCCCAGACUCGCUCACGAGUGAUAAAGUGUGCCACUGGAAGCACUACCAGUUUGAAGGGAUGUGGAGGGUGGGCUCUACUGCAGGCGGCUGCCACAGGUUCCCAGACACAUUCUCAUCCAACCCUCAGUUUGUGGUGCACCUGGAGGAUGUGGAUGAUGAUCCCCUGGAUGGGAAGGAUGGAUGUACCUUUCUGGUUGGGCUCAUGCAAAAGGAUGUCCGACAGCAGAAGAAGCUUGGCCGCAACCUUGAGACCAUUGGCUUUGCCAUUUAUAAGGUCCCAGAUCAGUACAAAGGCCAACGCAAUGUUCACCUGAGUCCAGAUGUCCUGCUGCGACAGAGACCUGUGGCCGAGAGCUCCUUCACCAACACACGGGAAGUGUGCAACCGUUUUAAACUUCCUCCAGGAGAAUAUGCCAUUGUUCCCUCGACCUUCCAGCCUCACAAGAAUGGCAGCUUCCUUCUCAGGGUGUUCUUUGAGAAACAUGCUGCAGCCAGGUAUUGUGUUACAGUAACAUACAGACUGAUUGAUGUCUGCAGGCUAAUGUAGACCUCAGAGCUUUGCUGUAAUACAGCCAUCUAGUGGACAAAGCUCAG